CUCUAUCUUUCUCUCUCUAAAAAGGACAGCGCAGAAACUUGAAGAAACUCUUUUCUUCUCUUCUCUCUCUUCUCUCUGCUGAAACUUUUCUUCACUUAGAAAAAGCGAAGCUCCAAGUGAAACUUUGGCGGAAUAACCCUAUGUAUACAUGCUUGUCUGUAUGUAAUUAAUCUAUGUAUGUAUGGAUAGCUGAUUGAGUGGAUUGGGAAAGUGGAUAAAGAUAAUUACAUGAGCAGAAAAUAAGAGUUUUAGGAUGUUAAGAGCUAAAGUUUUACCUUGUACUUGGUGGUUCUCUUGAUGAUACACAACUAGGUAUAUGCAGCAGUGAGGGUUCUUCCUUUGUUUUAACCCAAAAUGGGGACUUUGGAAUGUGUAGCUCUGAUUCAGAGACUGAACUAAUUGAUAUUGUAGGUUCUUCUUGUUGUUCUGUUUAAUUCAUUUUUCGGAGUUAGUAUUAAGUUUCUAGAGCUUCUUGUUAGGUUUCAUACAUUUUAGAAUUCUAUAUAUAGCUGGUUAAGUGAUUGUAGAUUGUUAUCAUUGCAUAAAAAAUAUGGUUCCUCCAGGGCCUCCUAAUCCACUUGGAGGUUCUCAGCCUGUUCCGUCUUCAUUAUUGCGAUCAAAUUCUGGGUUGUUGGGUGGUCAAGGGGGUGGAAUGCCUUCACAGGGUGGUUUCCCUUCUAUUGUGUCACCUCGGACACAGUAUGGUAACAUGAAUAUGCUAGGGAAUGCUCCAAAUGUUUCGUCCCUGCUCCAUCAGUCCUUAGGAAAUGGUGGUCAUAAUCCAGGGCUUCCUGGACCUGGAAUCUCUCAACGAGUUGAUAAUGGGGCCGAGUCUGAUCCACUGUCCGCUGCUGGAAAUGGUAUGGGAUUUAAUACUCCUUCAACUUCUUUUGUCUCAUCGUCCAUGACAGCAAAUCCAAAUUCAGGUCAAGUUGUGGGACAGCGGUUUCCUAGCCCUUCUGGUAACCAGAUGUUAACUGACCAAUCACCGUCCCAACAGCUUGAUUCCCAGAAUUACCAACAUAAUCAACAAUUUCAGCAAUUUUCUGCCCCUAGCAAUUCUCAAACUCAGCAACAGCCACAGCAAUUUCAAUCCAUACGAGGUGGAUUAGGAAGUGUGGGACCUGUCAAACAGGAGCCACAGCUGACCAAUGAUCAAACACCACAGCAGUUGCAAUCACUGCGAAACCUGGCAACUGUAAAACAGGAGUCCCAGCAGAUCCAAAGUAUGAGGGGCCUUUCCACUGUGAAGGUGGAGCCACAACAUUCCUCACCCUCUCUGUUUCUACAUCAGCAACAGCAGCAGCAGCAACAACAACAACAGCAGUUACUUCAUUUGUCCAAGCAGUCCCCUCAAGCUGCUGCUGCGGCUCAGCUUUUCCACCAGCAAAGGCUUAUGCAGCUCCAGCAACAGCAGCAACAACAGCAACUCCUGAAGGGUCUUCCUCAGCAGAGAAACCCACUUCAACCGCAAUUUCAAACACAGAAUCAUGCUAUAAGGUCUCCUGUAAAACCAGCUUAUGAGCCUGGGAUGUGUGCUCGUCGGCUGACUCAUUAUUUGUAUCAGCAGCAACACAGACCUGAAGACAAUAACAUAGAUUUCUGGAGAAAAUUUGUCGUCGAGUACUUUGCUCCAAAUGCCAAGAAAAAGUGGUGUGUCUCUAUGUAUGGAAGUGGUCGGCAGACCACUGGUGUUUUUCCUCAGGAUGUAUGGCACUGUGAAAUAUGCAACCGCAAGCCAGGCCGUGGGUUUGAAGCGACUGCUGAAGUCUUGCCCAGGCUUUUCAAGAUAAAAUAUGAAAGUGGGACUUUGGAAGAGCUACUCUAUGUUGAUAUGCCUCGCGAAUAUCAGAAUUCAUCCGGACAGAUUGUCCUAGAUUAUGCAAAAGCAAUUCAGGAGAGUGUUUUUGAGCUACUUCGCGUUGUCCGUGAUGGUCAGCUUCGAAUAGUGUUUUCACAACCUGAUCUGAAGAUAGUCUCUUGGGAAUUUUGUGCUCGGCGUCAUGAGGAGUUAAUCCCUAGAAGAUUGUUGAUACCUCAGGUGAGUCAACUCGGCGCUGCAGCUCAGAAGUACCAGGCCACCACCCAAAAUGGAUCUACUGCAUCUGUUCCUGAGUUGCAGAAUAACUGCAAUAUGUUUGUUGCCUCAGCUCGUCAGUUGGCAAAAGCUUUGGAAGUUCCGUUGGUAAAUGAUUUAGGGUAUACAAAGAGAUAUGUGCGAUGCCUUCAGAUAUCAGAAGUGGUCAAUAGCAUGAAAGAUUUGAUUGACUACAGCAGAGAGACAAGGACAGGGCCUAUGGAGAGCUUGGCUAAGUUUCCUCGUAGGAAUGGUUCAUCGGCUGGGGUACAUGGUGCAACUCAACCAUCUGAGGAUCAGUCUCAGCAGCAGCAGACACCAUCACAGUCUCAGCAUCAGCAGCAGACACAAUCACAGUCUCAGCAACAGCAGCAGCAACAACAGACGGCCAGUCAGAACUCAAACCAUGAGAGCUCUGCCCAGGCUGGUGCAAUGCAGCUUGCUUCCAGUAAUGGCAUUCCGAGUGUAAACAACUCUUUGAACCAGUCAUCUGUUACUUCAUCUAAUAGUACUGUUGCUCGGCUACUGCAGCAAAAUUCCAUGAACUCUAGGCAGCAGGCUCCAAUGAAUGGUGUGAGCAGUCCUUAUGGAGGAAAUGGUGUGAGCAGUCCUUAUGGAGGAAAUGGUGCGAACAGCCCUUAUGCAGGAAAUGCUGUUCAAAUGCCUUCACCAAGUUCUUCAAAUACAAUGCCACAGUCUCAACCAAACUCGUCCACAUUUCAAUCUCCAACACCGUGUUCAUCAAGCAAUCCACCACAAACUUCACAUGGUGGCUUGUCAUCAGGAUCACAUGUGAAUUCUGCCAAUUCCCCAAAUAUUUCAAUGCAUCAACCCACUCUUUCUGGUGAUAUUGAUGCUAACGACUCUCAAAGCUCUGUACAAAAGAUCAUACAUGAAAUGAUGAUGUCUUCCCAACUUGGUGGAGGUGGCCUCGUUAGCGGUGGUACGAUGGGGAAUGACAUGAAAAGUGUAAAUGGGAUGAUACCAACUGCUAAUAAUUCGAUUCUAAAUGGAAGCAGCUGCCUUGUUGGAAAUGGGACAGUAAAUGCUAAUAUAGGUAUGGGUCCAGGAUUUGGGAACAUGGGCAAUGGACUGAGCCAGGCUGCAAUGGUCAAUGGAAUUCGGGCUGCAUUAGGUAAUAAUUCCAUGUCUAUGAAUGGAAGAGUAGGCAUGCCAAUGUCACGAGAGCAAAGUAUGACUCAACAGCAACAAGAUUUGGGGAACCAGCUACUUAGUGGGCUAGGAGCAGUCAAUGGUUUCAAUAACCUUCAGUUUGACUGGAAAACAUCCCCCUAAAGGUUUUUGACUUGGAUGUAGCCUAGAAGGUAUGAAAAAAGUGACAAGAUCCUUUAGGAGAAAGGGGUGCGUUCUUGUGGUUGUAAUUGCAUAUUUGGUCCUCAUGCCGCUGCUUUGUGCUGCAAAGAUAACAUAAAGUUUGCCUUGCACACUGAGAGUAGAUAUGGUUCCUGAAGAGAGCAUUUCAGGGCUUGCCUCUGUUGUAGUGAUUUGCGAGACAAGGAAAACAUGUAGCACAGUAAUUUCAUGAUUGAAAUAUUAUAUCACCCGAGGUUGCAUAAAAUUCAUCUAAUUUGAUUUGGUCUGGUUUAUCACAGCUACUUAUCUGCACUAACAGCCUUGAAUAGGACAUUCCAGGAGUGACUUGGCGAACACUUGUACCCCUUAGAGGCAUUUGUAAACUUCCAACUGCUGAGAUCUUGCCCAUCUUGUGCUGUACUUCUGCCACCAUUCCGGAACAUGAGUGUAUAUAAUCUUGGAUCGUGUGGGAGGAAUUUUUAUUGUAGAACUUUGAUGAGCUGGUAGAAACUGCUUAUUCCGUGGUAAUGUGUCCAAUGCAAUCACUUCUCCUCUGUAGUAUGUUUUUUUGUAUUAAUUAGACAGUUUUGAUUGUUGUGAUUGCUGGUUUUUGGAUGCUCAAGAUGAGUAGUUACUUCAAAAAUUGCUCAAAUAA